GAAAACCACCUACUUCCGGAAGUUUUUUAAUUCUCUUUCGGCCGCAUGCUUCACAUUGCUACAGACGCCGGUGAUUCGGGAAUAAGCUCAUGAAUCAGGGGAGAACUGGAGGAGUAUUAAAGAAUGUUUAACAAAAGGUGUCUUCACUGAGGAUGAUCAUCACACUCCUGUGAGCAGUUCUCCAACCUUGAAAAGCUCAAGAUCUGCAUCAACAACAGCCUUCAACGAUGGAGAUGUUCCAGAAUCAUCACACACCUCCUAGGAAGUUGUUUCUGUUUGCUUUCAUCGCAGUAUGGCUUUUCGUUACCAUUUCCUCUGAUGAAGAUUACUACAAGCUGCUAGGUAUUUCGAGAGAGGCCAGUACUCGUGAGAUUCGGCAGGCUUUCAAAAAGCUUGCUCUCACAAUGCAUCCAGAUAAAAACCCGAAUGAUGCAACGGCCCACGAGAAGUUCUUGAAGAUCAAUCGGGCCUACGAGGUGCUGAAGGACGAGGACUUGAGGAAGAAAUACGACAAGUAUGGAGAGAAGGGCCUGCAGGAUGAACAGCAAGGAGGAAGAUAUGAAAGCUGGAACUAUUAUAGAUAUGAUUUUGGAAUUUAUGAUGAUGACCCAGAAAUUACUACAUUAGACAGAGGGGACUUUGAUGCAGCUGUAAAUUCUGGCGACGUCUGGUUUGUGAAUUUCUAUUUCCCACGCUGCUCGCACUGUCACGAUCUUGCCCCCACGUGGCGGGAGUUUGCGAAGGAAAUGGACGGUGUGAUUCGAAUCAGCGCUGUGAACUGCGGUGAUAAUGGCAUGUUGUGUCGUAGUAAAGGCAUCAACAGCUACCCCAGCCUCUAUGUGUUCAGAGCGGGAAUGAAGCCAGAGAAAUACUACGGUGACAGAACAAAAUCAAGCCUCACCACAUUUGCAAUGCAGUUUGUGAAGAGCAAAGUAACAGAACUAUGGCAAGGGAACAUUUUUAAUGAGAUUGAUCGAGCAUUUGCCGAAAGAAUCAGCUGGUUGAUAACUUUCUGCGCUGACACUGGGGAUUGUCUGGAACCUCAAACGAGGCGGAAGCUUGCUGGAAUGUUGGAUGGUCUGGUCAAUGUAGGCUGGAUGGAUUGCUCCAAACAGGCAGAUCUGUGUGACAGCUUUGAGAUCACCACUAGCACUACUGCGCUCUUUCCCCCUGGCAGCUCUCUUGCUCAGAAAGGCAGCGCAAUGUUUAUCCAGAGUUUGGAUACUAAAGAAAUAUAUACACAAGUGUUGCAGCAUCUGCCUGAACUGGAGAUUCUUACAAAGAGCAGCUUUGAGCAUAAAUUGGCUCAUCACCGAUGGCUCAUCAGUUUCUCCUUUGGACAUAAUGAUCUGGCAUCACAUGAAUAUAAAAAACUCAAAGCUCUUCUGAAAGGCUCUCACAUACAGGUGGGGAAGGUGGACUGUGUCGCAGAUUCAGAGCUGUGUGCUUCUCUAUAUAUACAGAAGCCCUGUGUGGCUGUUUUUAAAGGAGUUGGAAUUCAUGACUUUGAGAUUCACUAUGGUAAGGAUGCCCUGUACAAUGUUGUGGCCUUUGCAAAAGAGAGUGUGAAUGCCCACGUCACCACGCUGAGGCCUGAGAACUUCCCCAACCAGGAGAAAGAGCCCUGGCUGGUUGAUUUCUUUGCACCUUGGUGUCCGCCAUGCCGAGCUCUUCUCCCAGAGUUGAGAAAAGCCUCCAUCCAGCUCUUUGGACAGCUGAAGUUUGGGACUCUGGACUGUACCGUGCACGAGAGGCUCUGCAAUAUGUACAACAUUCAUGCAUAUCCAACAACUGUGAUCUUCAACAAGUCCAGCAUCCAUGAGUAUGAAGGCCAUCAUUCUGCAGACGGCAUCCUGGAGUUUAUAGAGGACCUGGUGAACCCUGUGGUGGUGACUAUGACCCCAGAGUCAUUCCAGGAGCUGGUGAAGAGACGCAAGUCCUCAGAGACGUGGAUGGUGGAUUUCUACACUCCAUGGUGUGGCCCCUGCCAGGCCCUGCUGCCAGAGUGGAGGAGGAUGGCACGGAUGCUGAGUGGGAUUGUAAACGUGGGAACGGUCGACUGCCAGAAACACCACUCGUUCUGCCAGGGCGAGAAUGUGCGCGCUUACCCAGAGAUCCGCCUGUUUCCUCAGAACAGCAACCGCAGGGACCAGUACCAGAGUUACAAUGGAUGGCACCGGGAUGCCUUUUCACUCAAGACUUGGGCCUUGAGCUCUCUGCCUCGUGCCUCAGUGGAUCUGUCACCUGAGGACUUUAAGAGAAAGGUUUUGGGAGGGAAGGAUCACUGGGUGUUGGAUUUCUACGCCCCAUGGUGCGGCCCUUGCCAGCAAUUCGCCCCUGAGUUUGAAGUUCUUGCCAGGAUGAUGAAGGGAACUGUGCGAGCUGGCAAAGUGGACUGUCAAGCACACUCCCAGACCUGCCAGAACGCCGGGAUCAAGGCUUACCCCAGUGUCCGAUUCUACCCCCACCUGCGCACCACACGGCGAGAUCAAGGAGGAGAGCAUAUUAACAGCAGAGACGCCCCAGUCAUCGCAGACAUUCUCCGACAGAGACUCCAGCAGCUAGCAUUACAGGGAAAGUCCUCCAAACUUAAAGAUGAACUAUAGGACACAUCUCGCGGUCCACAGAAGCUGCUGUAUGUGGAGCGGUGAGAGAGAUGGGAGAAAACGCACACUCAUGAACUCAUGAGCACGAGAGAUUUGUUUGAGUUUGUUUACUGCCAAAUGGACUGUAGAAAUGAGCCGCUUCACCUCAACUGCUUUAGAGGAGGGAAUCAGGACUCAACAAACACCUCUAAAUGUGUUACUGAUGCAGAAGAGGUCACCACAGUGCAAUUAUUUCUGAUUCUGUGUAAUCUAUGAAUGAACUGUCAAGUAGUGUCUUCAUUUCCUCACACAGACUGUAUUUAAGACUGUAACAACAGAUGUAUUUUCUCACAGCUGCUCCAUUUUGAAAUGGAUUUGUGUGAUUAAAUGUGACCCUGGACCACAAAACCAAUCUUAAGUGUCAAUUUUUCAAAAUUGAGAUUUAUACAUCAUCUGAAAGCAUAUACAAUGACAAUAUUUGGCCGAGAUACAACUAUUUGAAUAUCUGGAAUCCGAGGGUGCAAAAAAAUCUAAAUAUUGAAAAAAUCGACUUUAAAUUUGUCCAAAUGAAUUCUUAGCAAUGCAUAUUACUAAUCAAAACUAAAGUUUUGAUAUAUUUAUGGUAGGAAAUUUACAAAAUAUCUUCAUGAAACAUGAUCUUUACUAAAUAUCCUAAUGAUUUUUGGCAUAAAAGAAAAUUCGGUAAUUGACCCAUACAAUGUUUUUUUGGCUAUUGCUAAAAAGAUACCCCAGCGACUUAAGACCCUGUGGUCCAGGGUCACAAAUGUUCUGAUUAAAUACAAAGGAAUUGUAUUUUACUUGGCAAAAUGUAAUUCAAGUUGCAUUUUUAUAUGUGCUUCUAGAAGACAUUUUAGUUCUGUCAAAGUUGCCAAAACUAUCAUGUAGUUUAUCAAAACAAAUUAUUGUAGAAGCAUAAAACUACACUGGCUAUAGAUGAAAUCUGUAGUUGAAUUUGUUUUCUGCUGUUUUUAUGUUUUAUUUUUUCUCUUUUAAUGGUUUUCUUUUCCAGCAGGAAUAUUUGUUCUCAAAGAAUAUGUUUUUUUAAACUUGGUUUACUGAUAUUUGUGCAUUAAAGGUGUGUGAAUGUUCUCCAGGUGGCCACUAGGAGGCAGUGACUUAACAUCAAUGGCUUCAAGUCCUCAUAGGCCUGUGGAAUUGCAUGUUGGCAGUCAUUGUCAUGAUGGAUAUUCACUAUUGUUUUGUAGAAACAACAGCUAUUAAACAUGACACAAUUUCUGUUUAUGCUGAACACUGCUUUCUGAUAUUUUGCGAAUGAGUUGUCACAAUUCUAUAAAGCACACAUCAACUAUGUUUCUUAUAUUUCCUGAGACAACAGGAUAAAUACUGUUACAGCGUUCUGAUUACUUUAAGUUGUGAAGUGGGUCAACUUGUAAGGUUAUCAGUAAGAAUGCAAUGUUUUAUGACCCUUUAUCACUCUCCUUGAAUUAAACAGGCCUUCCCUCCUU